GAUUUGUAUAAGUAGUAAGUAAAUAGUACAUCGAUCAGCAAGCAGCUGCCAAUGAACGUGUUUUGCAAACAUAUUAAGGAACACAAAUGGACGCCUGGAAACCGCUGCUUCGUGAUUUACAACGACAUAGUAUGCCACAACAAACAAACAUUUUAGACGUUGUUGGACCUUCAAGACCAGACGACCAUGAGGUCAUCGAAGCCACACCCCUGCGACCACAUGGACAACGUUGCAAACGUUGCAACUUGCCCGGAUGUACACAGUCGUGCGCAAGGUGCAUGAACGUGUUCUACUGCUCUAAGUCCUGCCAAACGUGCGACUGGCCAACCCACAAGCAGUCGUGCAAAAGGUUGGUGGACACUGGUCCCUCUCAGUCUUCUGCGGCCAAUGGUGGAACAGAGCUGAGUUUGCUUACAUUACAACAGAUCUUUCCUACAGAGGACGACCACGUUUUCUAUGUUGUCGAGCAUACGUUUCUGGUGCAGAGGCAGUUGAAGCAGUGAACUUUGAGAUAUGAAUAGACCAACAGACACAUUGCUCACGUUUGGGUUUAGGGUGGCAUGUUACUUGUACAUAUAACUCCGAUAUUUUCGUUACCUGUUACCAGUUCUACGUAAAAUAUCAUGCCCGACUAUCGACCAUGUUAUUGAUUGUUUUUGUAAUUUUGUCAAAUGAAACGUUUUUUUCCCUGAAUCCUCUAUUUAAAAAUGU